AUGGCGCCGGGCCCAAAGACGUUCCUCAUCACCGGAGCCGGGCGGGGCAUCGGCCGCGGCCUGUCUCGGAUCCUGCUGCAGUCGGGCCACCGCGUCUUCCUCAUCGACAGCAACAAGACGGAGCUGGAGCACACGGCGGGCGUGCUGGCCAAGACGCACCGGCGCGGGCAGGACUUUGACGCGGCGCUGUGCGACGUGCGGCUGCCGCAGGAGAUCCGGGAGGCGGUGCGGCGGGCGGACGGGCUGUUCGGCAGCAGGCUGGACUGCCUGGUGAACAACGCGGCGCACACGGGCGGCGUGGGCGGGACGAGGCUGGCGGACAUGACGCUGGAGGAGUGGAACCGGAGCGUCGAGACGAACCUGACGGGGCCGAUGCUGGUGACGCAGGCGUGCCUGGGGAUGCUGCGGGCGGCUCGGGGCUGCGUGGUGCACAUGUCGUCGACGCGGGCGGUCAUGAGCGAGCCGGACAACGAGGCCUACUCGGCGACCAAGGCCGGCUUGCUGGGCUUGGCGCAGAGCAUGGCGGUGUCGCUGGCGAGGGACGGGGUGCGGGUGAGCGCGGUGCUGCCCGGCUGGAUCCACGUGCUGGACGAGUGUCGCGAGGCGGACGAGAAGGGGGUCCGGUGGGAGGACGGGCUGAGCGAGGAGGACAUGCGGUGGCAGCUCACGGGGCGGGUGGGCAAGGUGGAGGACGUGGCGAGGGCCGUGGUGUAUCUGGCGGAGAAUGAGGGCGUGACGGGGGUGGAGAUGGUUGUUGAUGGGGGGGUUACGAGGAAGAUGGUGUAUCCUGAGUGA